CCAAGUGAAACAUAAUAAAAGAAUUUUUUUUUACUCUAAAAAUAAAAUUAAAGUUUUUGAAAAUAAUUUUGAAAUAAUUUUCUUUUUUAAUUUUUAACAGAUCAAAAAAAAAAAAAAUGUAUCCCCUUCUAAUUUGUUUAUUCGCUAUACUGUCGACUUCCGUACAUUCCCAAGAGUUACACGAAACCUUGACACGUGAUGACGUGAUGAAAAUUUGUCAAGCACCCAAUGACACAGGGUAUCGUUGCGAAAUCACAUUUCCGAAGCAUAAAAAAAUGAAUAAACGAUCAACGCAAAAAUUUGUCUCUAUCCCCUUUAGCGAUAGGGAAAUUCAACUUUAUUUGCAUCCAGUUGAUGGCUAUCUAGUUGGAAAACAUACAAAAAUUUGGUACGCCAUUCCCAAUCAUAAUUCAUCCAGUCUAUUUAAUUUUAGACAAAUUCCAGAUUUUCUGGAGAACAUGGAAAAAGAGAAUUUUUAUAUUGAUGAAUUAAAAAAUGCUGUACUUUCUAUAACAAUAGACGACGAUGGCAAUGAAGCUUUCGAGGGAACAAUUGGCGAUGAUCUCUUAAUACAUCCAAUAUCAAGGGACUAUUUCCUAAAUAUGACGUCAAGUCGAGAAUUCAUGAGAUUGAAUCAUUUUAAUAAAAACGAUCAACCCCAUAUUAUUUUGCAUCGUUCGAAAAAAAUUAAAGCACAAAAGUGGGCGAAAAACGUUAGGGGUGUAAAAAAGAUAAAUCCAAAAUUACCCCCUCAAAGAGACAUUGUUGUUUAUCCGGAAUUACUAAUUUUUAUUGACGAAGAACUUUUUGGAAAAUUGUACUAUAACGCUAGAUACGCCAUAAGAUAUAUUUUAACAACAUUCUACGGGGUGGAUUUACUUUUCAGACCUUUAUCAAAUCCAACAAUUCGUUUCUCGAUUGCAGGCAUCGUUAUAGUUAAAAGUUCAAUGGAGUACAUUUUAUCUGGCGCUUCUCGUAAAAAUUCACGGCCACAUAAACUAGUAGAGGACUUUGGAAAAUUUUUGCCAAAAAUAAAUAAUCAAUUUGUAUACAAAAAAGAUUACGAUAUUGGUAUACUUAUGACUGGAUCGUCUUUAACAGAAGCAGCAGACGAAGCACCUACAAUGGGUGUUGCAUUUAUAAAGGGAGUGUGUCAAAACAUUACUGAAACAAGCAACGACGCUUACGAUGAAUUUACAACAGAAGUCUACAAGAGUUCUGUAAUUGCUGUUGAUAAUGCUGCAUAUGGUGGAAUAAUGACAGCAACCCAUGAAUUGGGCCAUAUACUGGGUGCUUCUCAUGAUACAAACAAGCAUAAAGAGUGUGAGUGGGGUGACAGUGGCUAUAUAAUGAGUUACUCUGGCGGAUACAGCAACAGAAUAAGAUUUUCCCCAUGCAGUCAACGACAAAUUUCAAAAACUUUACUAUCGAAAGGUGCAAAAUGUGUUUAUAAUCCACCACCUAAAGAUGAACCACUGAAUGUACCAUUGCCUGGUAAAUUAACCACAAUGGAUGAUCAAUGUUUUAAAAACGAUAAAACUAGUUUUUGUGCCAUUAGAAAGGACGAUCCGUAUCGUUGUGUAAAACUUAUUUGCGAAAAUUCAAAUAUUACGGCAAGAGCAGAAGAACCUUGCACCGAACAAUAUUUUGCACCAGCUGAAGGCACACCAUGUGGAAAUAAUAAAAUUUGUCUUCAUGGAGAAUGCGUUAACAAACCAUCGACAAUGGAUUAUAACAAAAAAAAAUAUUAUGAUAAAUAUAAAUAUAAUAUUGUGUAAUUAUUUAUUUACAUAGGGGAUAAGAAAAUUUUUUUUUUAUUUAUAAUAAUAUUUAUUAUUUU